CCACAUAAAAGAAACGAUAGAGAAGAAAUUGCAGGAGGAAGGACCUACAAACCAACCUGCUGCAAAGUUCAGUGUCGCCCUGCAGUCAUGGCCAUUUUGUGCAGAAACGCAGGCUUGUUCCUGAAGUCCUUCAGAGCAGCGCCGGCUCUGCUGUCUGCUGGCCGCCUCUACAGCUCAGAUGGUCAGUACGAGUAUAUAUUGGUGGAAAAGCGAGGCGAAAAAAACAAUGUUGGCUUCAUUCAGCUGAACCGACCCAAAGCUCUCAACGCUCUCUGCGACGGUUUGAUGAAGGAGGUUGGGCACGCACUGGACGCCUUUGAGGGCGACACAGACGUUGGAGCUGUUGUCAUCACUGGCAGCGAGAGAGCCUUUGCUGCUGGAGCAGAUAUUAAAGAGAUGCAGAAUCGAACAUUUCAGGAAUGUUAUGGUGGGAACUUUCUGGCUCAUUGGAACAGAGUCUCCACGGUGAGAAAGCCUGUAAUCGCAGCUGUUAAUGGAUUUGCACUGGGUGGAGGCUGUGAGCUGGCCAUGAUGUGUGACAUCAUCUAUGCUGGAGAAAAGGCUCAGUUUGGCCAACCAGAAAUCCUGCUGGGGACCAUUCCUGGGGCGGGCGGCACGCAGCGCCUGACUCGUGCUGUUGGCAAAUCCCUUGCAAUGGAAAUGGUACUAACAGGAGACAGGAUUAAUGCUCAGGAGGCCAAGCAGUCAGGUUUGGUGAGUAAAGUUUAUCCUGUGGACCAGCUCGUAUCUGAGGCUGUUAAAUGUGGGGAGAAAAUUGCAGCCAAUUCCAAACUGGUCAGCGCCAUGGCUAAAGAAGCUGUAAAUGCAGCUUUUGAACUAAGUUUGGCUGAAGGGAAUCGUUUGGAAAAGCGCUUGUUCCAUGCUACCUUCGCAACGGAUGACCGUAAGGAAGGCAUGACUGCAUUUGUGGAGAAAAGAAAAGCCAAUUUUCAGGACCAGUAGAUAAAAAGUUAAACAAAAAUGAGGUUCCUGCAGGUAACUGAUCACUCCCUCACUGACGAUGCAGUGUGAUGCGAAGAUCCAGACUGUGGCACAGCAUACAGGCUGAAAAUAACGAGAUUUAGCUGAAAAGUGUCCUGUCACAAAAUAAAAUGCUGUCUCAAGGCAGGAGGCUUGAAUGUGAUGGUAAAGUUAUUACUGUUUUAUACUCUGUGUUCAGGAAGGAAGAAGCUGGAUGACUAAUUUGUACUUAUCUUUUCAUUCUCAAAUGUUUGUAGUAGUUUAUUCUGUGUAUUUUGCAAAUAAAUCUAAAUAAUUAAUUUCAACACUAA